AUGGAUGUGGAUCCAACUGAUAUCUUCACCCAUACCCUAGUUUUGGAGAAGAGCAAUGUGGUUCAUGCCAUCCAGGCACGUAUAGGAGGGACACAACCCCCGUUCAGCCAGAACAAAGCGAAUCGCUCGAAGGGUGAUAUUAGGCUUCGCCCGCGUCUUGAAAUGAUUGCAAGCGCAAUAUUCUUCACUACACUACUCAUAUCGUUCCAAAUGGCCAUUACAGUGGACAUCGGAGGCAUUUCAGAUACCUGCGUGGCCAUUACCGCACUACUGGGGCGUUGUUGGUAA